AUGGCUUGUCGAUUCUGUAAUAUUCGCAGUAUAUAUAAUAAUCAUAUUUAUUAUCUAUUAAAUUCUAAUUUACGAUCUUUAUCUCAUGAUCUUGUUAAUCUUCCAAUGCGGUCACAUGAAGAAUAUAAUGAAGAUAUAACAACAAUUAAGCAAUUGCAGUUCGAAUCUGAUAGAAAUAGACAAAUAAACUUGCGAG